CCUGAAAGAGCUGGUUCAACGCAGACAGAGGACCUGAAAGAGCUGGUUCAACGCAGGCAGAGGACCUGAAAGAGCUGGUUCAACGCAGGCAGAGGACCUGAAAGAGCUGGUUCAACGCAGGCAGAGGACCUGAAAGAGCUGGUUCAACGCAGGCAGAGGACCUGAAAGAGCUGGUUCAAGGCAGGCAGAGGACCUGAAAGAGCUGGUUCAACGCAGACAGAGGAGCUGAAAGAGCUGGUUCAACGCAGGCAGAGGACCUGAAAGAGCUGGUUCAAGGCAGGCAGAGGACCUGAAAGAGCUGGUUCAACGCAGGCAGAGGACCUGAAAGAGCUGGUUCAACGCAGGCAGAGGAGCUGAAAGAGCUGGUUCAACGCAGACAGAGGACCUGAAAGAGCUGGUUCAACGCAGGCAGAGGACCUGAAAGAGCUGGUUCAACGCAGGCAGAGGACCUGAAAGAGCUGGUUCAACGCAGGCAGAGGACCUGAAAGAGCUGGUUCAACGCAGGCAGAGGACCUGAAAGAGCUGGUUCAACGUAGGCAGAGGGAGCUGAAAGAGCUGGUUCAACGCAGGCAGAGGAGCUGAAAGAGCUGGUUCAACGCAGGCAGAGGGAGCUGAACGAGCUGGUGACAUUUGACAAUAUAUUGGCAAAGAGGGACAGAACCAUGACUGAAGCUACACCACUGAGAGAGAUGGAGCUGAAACGGCAGCCUGAGUCUGAUGGGUGUGGCGCAACAAAUCAUGAUGGGUCUGGUUUGACCGCUGACCUGAGGAUUGUGUUGCUAGGGAAGACUGGAGCAGGGAAGAGCGCAACAGGAAACACCAUCCUGGGGAAGAAUGUAUUUAAAGUGGACUCUUCCCCUGCGUCAGUGACCGGACAGUGUGAGAGACAGAGUGGAGAGGUCAACGGGACGGACGGUUCAUGUGGUUGA